UGAAGCUACAGUCCAACAGGGAACCACAAUUCCCAUGAUGCACUUGAAAUGACAGCGGCCGCUGGACGGGGGAAGGGAAGCUGAGAUUGGAGGGAGAAACAGUGAGAAACUGAGUUUCCAGAUAGUGUGUACAUAUGACCGCCCCUCCUCAGAAGUCUGACGACACAAGAACUCUCUCCAUGACCCACGUCUCACUGGACACCUUCACUUCUCAUUCUGGACGUGUGCCUCUGUUUCAUGUGAGGCUGAAGACAUAACACAGCUUUGUUUCAAAUGAAUUAAAACUGAACUCUUAACCUCGAGGUCCGUACCAGAUCUGUCUUUGGUGCCAAGGAAAUGAAGUGUCUCGGACAGGGAGAGCCCAGCCCUGAAAUGCAAUGUCAUUGUCCAGCGUCUUUGUACGUCUGAUGGUGCUGAGGAAAGGACCCACUGUCCAAGCAGAUCUGAGGGGAAGAGGAAGAAGGCAAGUUUCCAGGAAACUUGUGCAUUGAUGGAUGGCCGUUUCCUUGUGUCUGCUCUUGUAGGCCAAUAACUACACAUUCCUAAGCCAUGGUGGUCCUGGCAUCACCUCCUCAGUCCAUCUCAGUCCAUGACCAGAGAAGCCUUUAAAGGCCAGGAUCAGGAACACGCUCGCCAGCCAACACAUACAACUCAUAUGCAAUGGAAGAAGAUCUUGAUGUCACAUCCCACACUGAGGGCCUGAAUGGUUUUCCACGUGAAUGCAAACCAUUAGAGGAUAUCGUCAAUGGACAGUCCAACCAUAAGCCUGUCAUUAACGGAAUGAUAAUUAGUCACAACGUCACCGACCAAACCAACGGCAAUGCACCACUCAGAUCCCUGCCGAUUUCAGCACUGAAGCAGAAUGGUCUUCUGCAGACUCUGGCAGCCGGAGGGGAGCAGGAUAAGCCUGCAGAGGAAAAUGUGGAGUUGGAAAAGGCCAGAGAAGAGUGGGAGGCUCUGGAGAACGUCCAACCAGCUAUCACUGAGGACUCAAACCCAACUCCACUCAUCUCCUUCAAUGAAGCCCUGCAGUACUUCCAGACCACAGACCUCGUGGACUUGAUUAAGAACAUCCAGCCAACGAUACACAGGACCGGUCUGGCAGCGAUCACGCAUUUCCUCUUCGGACCCCCACGGCUGCACAGGGAACUCCUGGAGGAGAGGAAUCUGGUCUUUGCCAUCGCAAAGUGCCAUGUGGACAAUAGCCAAGCAGUCCACAUGCGUGUACUCCAGACCAUUUAUAAGCGGCUGACCGGCAGCAGGCUGGACUGUCCUCGCUUUGGGGCGCACUGGGAAAACAUCGGCUUUCAAGGUACAGACCCAGCCACCGACCUACGUGGCAGUGGUUUCCUAGGACUGAUGCAUACGCUGUACUUCGUGAUGGACCCAGAGACUCUACCGCUGGCUAGAGACAUCUACAAGUUAUCACAACACCCUACACAGAACUUUCCAUUCAGUGUGAUGUCAAUCAACAUGACCCGCAUCGCUCUGCAAGUACUCAGAGAAGAAGCCAUGUCCAAGGAGUGCAAUCGUCGUCAGCAAGUGGUUGGUGUGCUGAAUGAGUUCUACGUCGCCACGUAUCUGCACCUGUAUCAACUGUGGAAGACCCAACAGAAGACCAUCGUUGACUCUGGCUUUGUUCUGAAAGAAGUGGAGCUGUUCGCCAAAAAGAACCCCAAGCAGAUGCUGCGCCGACUAGAGGUCUUCCUGAAAGAGAGACGGGCAGGUGGAAUCCCCCGUGGGACGUCGCCAGACCCACAGGCCCAACAGCCGUCUCCCAGCCUGGGGCCCAGAGCCGGGGGGGGGCAGGGAAGCAAGGGAAAGGAGAUGCACUUCACGGGAGUGUGUGAACUUCCGCCAGACAUGGAGGGAGAGGCCAGACUCAUCUAAGCUAGACUCUGUGAGUGAGUGAGUGAGCAUCCUGUUUGUGAGUACAUCCAACACGGUAUGUGCGAGAGCUAAAACCCCACCAGUCUCUGAUCUAGGACCUGCUAUCUGAACCUUUUCAAACACUUCCACUCCUUCCAUUGAUGCUGGGGUGCUGCACUUUGAUCAGAUUAAGCUUUGGGGUCUUUCAGAGUUCCGUUUAACUUUGUUUUAUGAAUAUUUAAUGAAUUUCUUUGAACAUAGAACAGUCAAAUAUAAAGAGCCAAUGCAGGUCAAAUGGUUGCCGUAAUGUUCUCUGGGUUUAGUAGCCAAAUUGAAAGCUGCCAAAUUCUCGGUUCAACUAUACGUUCCUAUAGUCCAAAACGCAGACACAUCUUCCCUUAGGGUCUCACAAUCGGGGUAUUUUGACAUUGCAGGGUUGGGGGUUUUCUCCCGCUCUGACAUACAGCUCUUAAUGCACAUUAUUCAAUGCUCCGCUACUUUUACGGUGAGAAUAAACUAAAAAGAAAUUGCCAGUAGAUGCUGUCCUAAAAUAUCUCGCCCUGUAGACUUUGAAUGCAGCUUGCUUGGAGGGUGUGAUGACUGCAUUUCUAUUAGAGCGUGAAUGAAAUGUUUGUCAUGUGAAAGAUGUGCGAGAAUGGUCCAGAUGUGUCGAGGCGUAGCCAGUAGUUGGUGCACUCAUGGCAUAUUUUGCCAGGGGUCUGAUAGACUUAGUCCAGAGCUCCCACUUGACAUGGGGGAAUAUAUUUUAAAUAAUUUUAAAAAUAACUAUUUUAGACCUUUCUGAAGGGACAGCCGCCAUAACUUCACAGUUAGCAUAAAAGCAGGGCAGAAUGUUGUUAUUAAACUAAUGGCUUAAUGAGCGCACGAAGGGUUUUUAACUGUUAAUAUCCACCAGAAUGUAAGAAAAUCCUCUGAAUUCUCAACUUUUCACGGUUAAAACCCAGCAGACGUUUCAUAACAGAGUCUCGUCUGCUCGGCUCGGUCCCGGCUGAAGUGGAAGGUCUGGUAUGAGCUUUCUCUACAUUCCGUUAUAAAGCAUGUGAUUGUAUUUUAUUUGACCAGUUCAAAAUUGGUGUGUGUGCGAGACAGAAAAAUGAAUGAGCUGACAUUGAUGAAGGGUGCCUCUCCUAGGAGAUGUAUGGUACAGUAUGCAAUCCCAGCUCUCACUCAAUGAUAAUCAAAAUGCUAGUGCUGUGUGACGAUAGAAAUCGUUCCUUACUUCAGGGUUUGUGCGCUUUUGCAAGCAAAUGUGUUUGUAUGGAAGUGCGUGUGUGUGUUGUAUGACAGGGACUGACUACAGAUGGGGUGCUUUCCUUGCACACAAUAAGCCAGCUUUACUAAGUACUUGAUCCAUCAAGCUGCAAAGACGGUACUUUUGUCAUUUUAAAAAAAAUGGUACAUAACAUGUCCCGAGGGCAAGAUUUAUCCCAAACAAAAAACACAUUCUUUGGUUUGCUUUUUAAAAAACAAAAAUUGGUACCGGACACGGCUGCAGUCAGCGGCUCUGUGGCCCCGGAUGGAUAGAGUUCCUCGGCAAAGCUGGUUCCUGCUUUGUGCUAAUGUGAAACCGUCUCCCAUCGUCGUAGUCUCAAUCUGUAGCAUGUUCAGGUAGCACUAGUACUGUAGCAUCUUAUAGCCUCCUCCUCUUCGUAAAGCUUGUUGACGUCAUGUCUCAGUUACAGUCCGUAGUGUCUAUUGGUGCGCAAACUGUUACUACUAUAGCACAUUUAUUUAGUAUUUGCAUUAAGCCUCUUUCGGUAGACACACGUUUAUUUGGCGCAGCACAUGUUGUGGAGAGAUGUGGGAUCGGCUCAACGUGUUAUUGAGCUCAACCUUGUUAAACAGUGGUGCCUACAUCCAGUGGAGCCAUGUGGGGUAGAGCGCUGGUUUAUCCUUGUUUCCUGUUUUUUCUUUCAUUUGAUCCACCGUGCCACAGUAAACAUUAUCGUAACGCAGUGAACAUAGUUCAUGUGAUCCCCUAAAACAGGCAGGCCUAAUGGACAUACACACAAGCAUGUACAUUUUCCAUGUCAACAUCUACUCGGGCAGUUGUACUUUGUCAUCUCCAUUCUCAACCUUAUAACUUCAAAAAGAAAACAACGCUGAUGUAGUUUAGCCAAUGGUGUGCGAGUGUUUUGACUGAACAGGAAAAUCUGCACUGUCGUAGAUGUGUGUGUGUGUGUGUGUGUGUGUGUGUGUGUGUGUGUGUGUGUGUGUGUGUGACGAGUGCAAGAGGAAACAGGCCAUCUUCAAUAGCCAUAAUGUUCAUUACCGCCCACCUCAUAAAAAAACCGGCUUGGUGGAGUCCGAUCCUCCUCCCUCCUAAGAAAAAUUGCACCAUGGAUAUGAUCUCCCAUUUAGUUUUAUUCUAUUUUAAACUGAGGAGCAGUACAGUGUAUGUAAAUCAGGAAGUUUGUAUAUAGAGAAUUAAUGAUUGUAACUGUAUGAUUGUCUGUAGGGCAUUAUACUGAAACACAUUGCUUACCUCAAGACUUGAGACAAAUCUCUCCUUUCUCUCCCCUGAUAUUUGUUUGGCCUCCCAGUCAGACCCUCUUUUUUUGUUUCCUUGUACCUGGGCCUUCUCUCAUACCGAUUGGACAUGUUAUAUAAUGUAUAUUCAACACCUGAAGCACUACGUAAUGGCAAAUUAACACACAAGCUGGUCAAUGUUCUGUGUAUUCUAUUUAAAGACACACGUAUAGACAAUAUAUAAGCCCACACAUGCUCCAAAGUCCUUUUUAAAAUGAUCUAUAAUUGGCUGAUAACCAUGUUUGAAAUAAGCUGGUUUCCUUGUGGCUUCAGUGAUAGUACAGUAUACUUUGGCUGUGUUUAAGUGUUCGAUGUCCGGAAACACUAAGAAACAAUCCGUUCUUUACGGCUGCAGUCACAGACAUGCAGUUAAGUAUGUGAUUGUGAAGAUAUAGACUUGAUAAGCAGUCAUAAUACGUCGUAUGCUUUGACCUUGGUAUCUAUUCAGUACCCAAACAAGACCUAAUUUAUCCUCCCGUAUAGCCAAGUCAUAUUUACAGCAGUUGUAAUAGAUCACAUUCCUAUGCGUUGAUCAUCAUUUGGAAUCGCCUCAGUUGUGACACUAGAGCCGAGAGAAGAAGAAAAAAGAAAACGGGUUCUUGCAGGAAGUCGGAUGCUCUGAGAGGUGUGAUGUGAAGUUCUGCUUCAAAUACAAUCACUUCUCUCAAUAUCCUGCGCUUUAUAUGAAGGUGUUUUCUUGUUGCCGUCGCCAUGUCCCUCAGAGCAUUUUAUGACUGUACCUUGAUUGUAGAAAUCCUAUUUUAUACUGAGAGUUAUUUCAGAAAACAGUAUGUGCUGUUGUACAUUAAAUGUAUUGUAUGGAGAAAGCUAAAUAAAUGCUGUUUAAAAAGGAA